AUGGGAGACAAGGCGGAAAAUUUGACCAUGAAAUCGGGAUUACCAGCCAGUAGCGCUGGACGCAAUGAACGAAUAUUUACUGACAAUCCUGAAAUCGAAUCAGCAAUUCGCGACUCGGACUCCUUGGCUCACGCUCGAUCUCAUGUCUCUGAUAUCAUUGACGAGUACCCCGAGAAGAGUGAUGAUACCGAAGCACCGCGACCUUUGGCGCGCCAAUCCACGGAACUUGGACCGCCAAUUGUGGUACCACGACUGAAACGAAGAGGGCUGUUUGGCCAACUAACUCUCAUCGCGGAGGUCGAAGACCCCAGGACGUAUUCUCGAAAAAUGAAAUGGUUCAUAACUUUUAUUGUUGCAACAGCAGGAAUACUAGCACCACUGGGAAGCUCGAUUUUCUUUCCUUCGCUCUCCCAAGUAUCCAAAGAUUUGAAUACAACACCAACCUUGACCAAUCUUUCCAUUUCCUUAUACAUGCUGGCCAUGUCAAUCUGUCCUCUGUGGUGGUCAUCGUUCAGUGAACGGCUCGGACGGCGAACAAUUUACCUGACUUCAUUGUUUCUUUUCGUGGUUUUCAAUAUCCUUUCUGCCAUUUCUGACACAAUCGCCAUGCUAAUCAUCAUGCGAAUGCUGAUGGGCGGCGCCUCCGCUUCAGUCCAAGCCGUCGGUGCAGGGACCAUUGCAGACAUGUGGGAGGUUCAUGAACGAGGCCAUGCGAUGAGUAUCUUCUACUUGGGGCCUUUGUGUGGACCUUUGCUGGCACCCAUCAUUGGCGGUCUUCUGGCUCAACGCUGGGGCUGGCGCAGUACAUUAUGGUUCUCUGCUGUCCUUGGUGGCCUCAUACUUAUCUUCAUCCUCUUUGCGCUGCCAGAAACAUUGAUGGUGCAAAUGCCCAUGCUGCCCUCUGUCGCCCAAGAUGAAGUUACCCCCAUCAGCCGCCCACUUAGUCGCGUAUCGACUCAGCAGGUGGCCAAGUCCACUGCUCAAUGGCUGAAGUUUUUGAAGACGAACUUUAUCGAUCCUUUAAAAAUCGUCUUCUACCUACGAUAUAUUCCUGUGCUCCUGAGUGUAUACUAUGGCAGCAUUGCCUUCGGAUCUCUAUAUGUUUUGAGCGUCAGCAUUGAAGACACAUUUGGUAAACCGCCAUACAACUACGAGACCGUUAUCAUCGGCUGCCUCUAUAUUCCGAACUCCCUAGGCUACUUCAUUGCCAGUAGUUUUGGCGGAAGAUGGAUGGAUAGAAUCAUGCAUCGAGAAGCGAAAAAGGCAAACCGAUACGACGAAAAGGGAAACUUGGUGUUUCACCCAGAGGAUCGCAUGCGCGAGAACGCUUGGCUCGGCGCUUUUCUAUACCCUGCCGCUCUGAUCUGGUAUGGUUGGUCUGUAGAAAAAGGAGUUUUUUGGCCGGCACCGUUCGAUGAUCCUAAUUACCGAUCAAAGAUGAUUGCCAACUUCUUCUUCGGAAUCGGCUCUAUGCUAAUCUUCAGCAUGAUAACUACUAUGCUCACCGAGUUCAUGCCCAAGAAAUCCUCCAGUGGUGUAGCAUUGAACAACUUCGUGAGGAACAUUUUCUCUUGCGUGGGCUCUUUUGUCACGGCCCCUCUCAUCAGCGCCAUAGGAAACGGCUGGCUCUUUACCAUCCUAGGAGGUAUGGGUUUUGUUAGCGCCUUUGUUAUUCUUUUCAUGAAGAUAUAUGGCCCUCGUUGGAGACUGAAGAUGGACGAGCGCAUGAAGUGA